AUGCUUCAUCGUAAGAAAGAGGCCAACUCUGGUUUAAACAGAUACUAUUCUGAAAAUGCACCGCAGAUAUCAAGAGAAAGACCGAGCAGAACACAGGAUGUGAAGAACGCAUCGGAUGCAGAAGCAUGUAGAAAGAUGUGUAUGAAGGAUAUUAAUAGAGAUUUGAUCCGAAUAAAUGAUGCACUCACUGAAGAGUAUCAGAUCAGAGAAUUGAAUGAUAAGCUUAACAAGUUGAUGCGAGAACUUCGGUCUUGGGAGUAUCGAAUUAAGGAACUCGGGGGUCCUGAUUACUUUCAAAAAGGAGGUGAACAGUUUUAUGGAAAUGCGGCCAAGAUUAACGGAUAUCGAUAUUAUGGUCGUGCUAAAGAGCUUCCUGACGUUCAGAAAUUACUAAAUGCAAACUUAGAACAGCAAAAGAGGGAUGAACAGCAGAAAUCAAAGAAGCGAAGCGAUAAAACUGCUUUAAAAAUGAUGACUGCACACGAAUUUAGUCCAAUGUACUACGGGUUAGACCAAGAGCUGGAGAACAGACAUCUAAUUCCUUCAGAAAAUGAGAUUGCUGAUGAAAUGAGUUACAUUCUGGGAACGAAGAAUGUGAAGAUCUCCACUUUGAUUACCCUGGAUAAAUUAAAAGAGUCCAAUGAGGAAUACUAUAGAGAAAAAGCAGGCGGUAGUGGUGACUUGAUCAGCUUUGAACGGAAAAGAAGUCGAGAAUUGCAGCAGGAGGUUGAUAAAAAAUCGGAUAAACCUCUAGUUGAAUUUGAUGAAAGUUUCGAUAAAGAGUUGCUCACAUCUGAUGAUGUCGAAAGAUUUAUAGUGCAAAGAAGGAAGGAACAACUACUGGCCAAAUUGAAUCAAUCGUUAUAA